UGUGUUGCACUCACCUGUGAGGUCACUCUGCAUAGGCAAGCCAUCUUUGUUUGUUAUCCCAGAAACUGUUGUUACUAGCCUCUCUAAACAGUUGACCUUACUCUUAGCAUAAAAAACGUGUUUUCUCUGUUAAAGAACAAAGCUGGAUUCUGAAUGUACAGUUUUUAUUUGAUCACCUAUUUUUUUUCUCCCUCCUAAGACAGAGGAAAGGUGAUCAUCUCUGAUCACAGCCCAAAGUUUUUAAAGUAUUUCUUAUACUUCACAACCCAUGCUGUUUGAACACAGGAAGCAGCAUUAACUUUUUGUUUUUUGCAGCUGGGCUAGAUAAUUAUGCUUCAUGUUAUCUAGGCCACAAUCAGCCAGUGCAAAGGAACACAGGAGCAACAAUGGGAGCAUGAACUCUCAGUCUGCCUUCUGUUCUAUGUGGUUUUCUUGUGGAUCAAAAAGUUAAGCAUGGGUCAGCUGUGUGCAAAGUGUGUCCAGUUGCUUUGUGACUUGGCUCUCUCAGUAAAAACACUGUCUUCAGGUCUGGUGCAGGGCCUCAAGGAGUGCUUGGCUCAGAUCCAUGACUGUCCCUGCCUAAAGAGGAAAAACUUUGAAACAAGGCAGCUGUACAAGCCUGCCCUUCAGCCCUGUGAAGAGGAGAUUGCCCAGGAGUUUCUGCAGCACAUUGAAAGAGGUUUUGAAAUGUCACCACUUGGCAAUGUCUCCCUGGAGGCUCUGAGGGCCUUGGCUUUUUCAGAGAAUCCUGUCUUUCAAAAGUCUGCUGCUCUUUAUUAUUUGAAGAUAAGCCAUCAAAACCUGAACAUUCAGCUGCCUCUAGAGCAUCUGGAAAUAUACUAUGCUUUGUUGAAGUCUAAUGAGUUGGAGGUUCAGCAGAUUUCAUCUUUGUCCCUUGUAAAUUUCUUACUGGAAGGAAACGUAACCAAGGAACAUGUCGUCCAAAUGGAUUUAAUUGAGCCAAUUCUGGAACUGCUUGAGUCUGAUGAUGCCACUCUCCAGUGUAAUUCCUGUGCCUGCAUAAUGUCACUAGCUGUCACAGAUGUCAGCCGUGAAGCAAUUGCAGCAGCGGGAGGAGUUGUACCCUUACUUGCCCUUUCUAAAUCUUACAAUUCUAGAGUCCAACAAAAUGCAAUUUGGGCUAUUUUCAACCUCACACAAUCAGAAUGGAUUCAGCACAUCUUGUUUCGACAAGGUGCUCUCCCACUUCUCACCCUUUUGUUGCAGACUCCCGACACAGAAGUACAGUUUUAUAGCUGUGCCGCUCUAAGCAACAUGGCCACAAACUUGCAGCACCGUGAAGCCAUGCUGCAAAUUGGUGAUAGGUUUCUUCUACGGAUGCUCCUUUUUCUUCUGUCUUCAUCUGUGGAAAAGGUGUCAAACCAGGCUUGUGUUUGUCUCAGGAAUUUAGCCACAAGUGAGAGCGUUCAGACCAGCAUGGUUGCUCUGCACAUCCUCCCCCACCUGCUCCCUCUCCUGUCAUCUAACAAUACAGAGAUUCAACACAAUUGCAUCAUUCUCUUCCGGAUAUUAUCCCAGCACCCAGACAACCAGGAUGCACUAAUGUGUGAUGAGGUGCUACAGACUUUAGGGAAGCUGCUGCUCACCUGGAAAACAGACCCAGUGAUUGUUGGCCACACUGCCUGCUUCAUCAAAAAUCUUAGCCUUUCCAAAAGCAUACAGAGAGUUGUAGAAAGUCCAUGCAUUGAAGGACUUCUUCAAGCUAUACACAGUGUCACCUUUCUUGAAGAAGAAUCUCUUCACUGUGUGAUGUCUUGUCUUGUUGAACUGAUGAAAAAUGAAGGAGCCACAAUGCGCAUGCUGGAGCUGAUAGAUGAACCAAUGAUAAGUAGUCUAGUGACACUGGCUGGCCAAGUGGAACAGAUAGAGCCUUCAUUCCAAGCUGCCUUUGUAAUCAAGCACAUCAUACAGCGCCAUGAAGUGGUGUCUCUGUUGAAAUUCCAUAUGUACAAGGUUCAACAAUACCUCAUGAAGUAUCUUACUCACCAAGAGCAUCGCUUUCAGCAUUUGGGCAUUUCCACUGUCUGCAUAUUACAAAAAGAUGCAGAGUUUUCAUCUGCAUUCAGCAAGAGCCAACUGAAGAAGCACCUUAACCAAAUCAGUCAGCAAACUGCAGAAACACAGGAGCUUCUCAGUAUUGCUGUCAAACACAUGGACACCUGAAGCAUUGUUCCACCCUGUCUUAAUGUUUUGCUCUAGGUGAUUUAGCUGUCUGUGAAUAGGCAGUUGAUUCAUGGUGUGGGUGUCUCAGCUUCAUGUUCUACCUUCGGGCAAAUCCAUAGCAAGGGCAUGCAUAAUAGGAUUUUUAACUUCCAUAGUUUGGGUGGAAGGUAGAGGCCAAUUCAGACAGCAAUGUAUCAUUGCUCCAUUACUCACCACUUGAGGACAUGGGGACAGAUUUGACAGAAAAUGGCUAUUUCAGGUGAUAUGAAAAAUCUUGUCAUUCCUUUCAGCUUUCUGGGCCAUUUUAACCCAAGAUACUUAUAUUUUAGAAACAGCAGUAGAUAUUCCAUGUGAUCCAUAUUCAGACCCUGACCUGACCCUGACCCCACCCCCAUAUCUGGCAAGAACCAUUAACAGCCUAAUCCUGAAUCAAGUCAUGGGCAGUUGAUAAUUUAUUCACUACAGUUUUUCUGUUUGACUUUGUAGCAACAGAGGAGGGUCCACUGGCAUUCACCUUGAGAAAUGUUAAAGUUAGAGGUAUCAUCCAUUUACCUCUGUUCAUAAUAAUCUUUCCCUGUCUAUCAAAUCUCUUUUCCCUGUUCAAAGUCUUCAAGAGUUUUUAUGUAGAGACCUUAGCAUUGAUCCCUCACUUAAUAUACAUCAUUUUGGAAUAGAACACACCUAAGAAUGUUAGAACAAAUUUGCAGUAAUUGGUAAAACAUUUGAACUUUAACCUGAAACAAUGUUGGCAAAUGUUCCUCAAAAGUAGUACUCAUAAGUCAUGAGAGCUUUUUAAAUGGAAAAUGGGUAUUUAGUUGAAUUAUGGCUGUAAUUCGAAGAGCAGAAACAGUUAUGAAGCCAUGUUGAGAAUAAGGACAGGUAAAGUUUAUGUUGUCCAAGUAACAAUUCAUAAAAUGUUUAAUUUACAAUGCUGAUCUCUUAUAAACAGAGGCCACUAUUGUGCAUGAGAAUGAGUCAUGUCAAAAAGAAAACAAACUCUUUCCCUCACUUUAUACAUUGUUACAAUACUCCUUGCAUUAACGUUUGAAAAUAAUUGGGGUGGAUCCUGUGACAAAAGGAGUCUUUCUGUUCGAGGAAAAGAACUUUUGGAUCCAAGUCAAAGUCAUUUUGGAUUAACGGCUUUUGAACAUGCUUCCUGCUUAAUGGCAUGCUUAAGGACACAAUAAGAGCACUGCUAAAUUAGACCAAAGGCCCAUCUAAUCCAGCAUCCCGUUCUCACAAUGGCUAUCCUGAUGUCUAUGGGAAGCCUACAAGUAGGACCUGAGAGCAAUAGCACUCUUAUGAUUCCCAGCAACUGGUACUUGGAGGCAUACUGCCUCCGACACUGGAGAUAGUCCUUAGCCAAACAAAUGGCUCGCAUAGCCAUUUAUAGCCUUAUUCCUAUUGAAUUUGUCUAAAACCCUUUAGCCGUCCAAUUUGAUGGCCAUUAUAUCAUCUUGUGAGACUGAAUUUCUCAACUACUGUUGCUUUUACAUGAUUGCUCAUAAACAGCAAUUCAACUAGAUGAGAGUAUGACUACAAUUCAACGUUCAAGCAUAUUGAUUUGUGUGUGUGUGUGUAUAUAUAUAUAUACAUCUAUCACACUCACUAAUAGGCAAAAAAAGCCCUGUGGUUUAAGAACAUACCUAUAGCCAACAGAUAUUUCUAUCAAACUGUAAAAAGCAGGGAAAUUGGGCAGCUACAGUAAAUGCACAAGGAGAGUAGGAGACCUGACCUCCUCUCUGAGAUAUUGUACUGCCCGACAAAUUUGUAAAAAAGCAAACACAAUUUGCAACAAAUGUGCCUCUGAGCAUUGGGACGAGAUUGGGUGAGUGGGCACUGGGCAAAGGGAAAGUACCUUUCCAAAAGGAAAACACUGUUAACAGUAUCUUUUUUUGGGUUUCCCCCACGUUUUUAUUCUACAGCAGACAUGUAUAGUCUCCUACCCAAAUUUAAACCAAAGCUGUCCCUGGCCACAUCCAUACCUGACAUUUAUGCCACUUUAAACAUUCAUGGCUUCCCCCAAAGAAUGCUGGGAAUUUUAAUUUGUGAAGGGUGCUGAGAGUUGUUAGGAAAUGCCCUAUUCCCCUCACAGAGCUACAAUCGUCAGAAGAGGGGCUGAUUAUUAAACCACACUGGAGUUCUGUCAGGGAAAUAGGAGUCUCCUAAUAAUUCUCAGCACCCUUCAAAAACUACACUUCCCAGGAUUCUUUCAGGGAAGCUACGAUUAUUUAAAAUGGAAAAAAUGUCUGGCAUGGAUGUGGUUCCCUCAUUAGCCAAGCUGUUAGCUGUUAGUCUGGCUUUUAGAACACUGACAGUUGGUUCUUACUAAGUAUGCCUGCACUAUCAUAGACUCCAAUGUUAAAUUUCUUAAAUUAAUUAAAAUCAGCCAUACAUUUUUUAAACUGCAGAAGAUGAAGGUCAAAGUAUGGGGCAAGGAUUACAUAUAUUCUGUCAACAUUGCUGAUUUUUAAUUAAUUUCAACAAAUUAUGAGACCACAGAUAAAGUUCAGUAGGAGCCUGUUUUUUUCCCUCGUUUUACACUUUGAACUCUAGAUUCUCUCUGAGUGUUUUGUGUAUUGUCAUAAAAACUUAGAAUGUUGUUAAGCAAGGAUUUUUGAGUUCAGGACUAUGUUUUGUAAGAUUUUGCUGUGAAUGAGCUUAUGGUAAGCAACAGAAUGGAAUGAGGGGUAUUUUCAAUUUAACAUGGCAGAAUGUGAAAAAUCCAUGCUGGCUAUAGUAUACAGCCACUCUCAUGGCUGUUUAAUAUUGAUUCAAAAACUACAUUGAUGCCUUUUUACCUUGCAUGUUGAAGGCUUCCUCAGUUGACAUGGAACUCUCUUACCUAUGAAGGUUUCCCCUGUUACAGAGAGGACAGCUCUGUUGUUCACAAUGUGAAAGUACAGUCAGACCCUGUCCCCUCCACUGAUGUGUAUGGGAAAGUCUUGCUUGUUUAGGAGCUCCACAGUGCACACAGCAGUCUGGGUUAGGCUGAUGGUUAUUUUCUCACAACUUUCUACUGAAAAAAGAAUUAAAAACCUGCAGUACCGCAUUCCAUGCAGGAAACAGGAACACUUUAUUUCCAUACUACCUAGAUCACAAGUCCAACAUUAGAAACCCAUAUCCAAACCCUGCUUUACCACCAGUUCUGAUCAACUCCAAGCGAUAUGAGCUUAGAUGAAAUUUCCUCUAUUUAACUCUCCAAACAGAGAUAUGAAAACAUUACAUUUGGUCAGAAUCACAACAGCAGCAAGUGCAUUAACAAUUAAAAUUAUUAAAAGUACAUAUGCUUUAUAUGAAAAUGUAUUUGAUACCUGUAUCCUAUGUAAAUUAGAAGUAAAAACUACAUUAUUUGGGGCAUUUUAAAAUAGCAGUGUACAAGGAACGUAGAGGAUAGAAGAAAAAUAAUUUGUUUUACUAUAUCACAACAAUUACUAAUUUUGAUCCUUCUUCAAUUUACUCUAGCUCACAAAGCAUUGUGGUUUCACUUAAAUUUCUUUGACACAGUGUGCACCUUGUAAAUUACACCAAUUCAAGUGCAAAUCAGCUAACUAUAAGAAGCUUGAUAUAAAAGUAAACAGGCAAAUUAAAAGGUAGGCAAAAAUUUUACAAGUGUAAGCAUAGCAAUGGGAGGGGCAAAACUACAAAGGGAAAAAUGUCAAAGGGAGAACAUGGACCUCAGGAAUAACGGGAUAAGAGAGCUUCCUGUGGAAUACACAGCUUUCACCUGAUUAGUCUGUAGGACUUGUAUGCUGAAACAAUCCUAACCAAGAUUGUUAUAAGGCCAGUCAGACAGCAGGCAGCCCUAGUCCCGUCAGCACCUCAAGAGAAAGGACUGGAGCCUCCCAAACUUUUUUAUUAUCAUACUUCAUUACCCUCUCCAUCCCCACCUGUCACUGUCACACACACAAAUAAGCAAACUUUGGUGUACAUUACCAAACACCAUGCACCAAAAAGACCUUGUCCUGUUGAGCUAAAGAAAGCUGUCCAUUCUUAGCUAUCCCAGUACAGUGCUGAAUGACCCACAUCAGACCAAAAAACGAUGCUUUUGUGCCCUGUAUUCCCUGUAUAGAGUGGAAACUAACAAAAACCAAGUUUGCAAUGUAACUUUUAACCACAUUUUUCUGAUUUAUUUGUACUGAACAAAAUUAAUAAAUACAUU